CAACUUUCAGUCUUCUUGUUUAACUCACUCUCACCAACUCUCUCUACUGAGCACAGAGAAUCCAAUCCACAAGAGAGAGAAAGAGAAAUAGUAGUGGUAGUAGUACAGUUACAGUGCCAGAACGCGCGUCCUUCACUUCAGCCAUUUAUUCCUCUCCACCUCAAAAGCGUGACACACUCCACACACUCUUUCCUUUCUCACCUUCCAUUCUCUUCUCCCUCUCACUCAAAUUGAUUAUCAUAGACACACAAACUGAGAGUGAAACUAACUAACAAUGGAGUUGAGUAAAGUAACCCUAGAGAUCUUCUCCAAACUGGAGCAGAAAUGGCUCUCUCACUGCGAUCAAGAACCACCACCAAACAAAACCCGCAUUCUCAGCAUUGACGGCGGAGGAACCACCGCCAUUGUCGCCGGCGCCACCCUCAUCCACCUUGAGGAUCAGAUCCGUCUCCAAACCUCCGAUCCCGACGCGCAGAUAGCAGAUUUCUUCGAAAUCAUCGCCGGGACUGGCAUUGGCGCCAUCCUCGCCGCAAUGAUCACCGCCGCCGACGCCUUCGGCAGGCCUCUCUACACUGCCAGGGAAGCUGUACGCGUCCUCACCGAGAGAAGCUCUGAACUCUACAAACUCAAAUCCGGCGGAGUAUUCCGCCUCCGCCGGCGCCGGAGAUUCUCCUCAACCAGCAUGGAUCACGUGUUGAAGCAAAUCUUCCGGAGAAAGGAAGAUGGAAGGUUGUUGACGUUGAAGGACACGUGUAAACCGCUGCUUAUCCCUUGCUUUGACCUCAAGAGUUCUGCGCCGUUCGUGUUUUCCCGAGCCGACGCUUCCGAAUCUCCCAGCUUCGACUUCGAGCUUUGGAAAGUGUGCCGCGCCACGUCAGCAACGCCCAGCCGUUUCCACCCGUUCAAUCUCACCUCCGUCGACGGGAAAACCUCCUGCUCCGCCGUCGACGGCGGCCUGGUGAUGAACAACCCGACGGCGGCGGCCGUCACGCAUGUCCUCCACAACAAGCGCGAUUUCCCGGCGGUGAACGGGGUGGAGGAUCUCCUUGUUCUUUCCCUUGGGAACGGAUCGUCGAAUGCGAAGGCAUGCGAGAACGAGAAGGAGAAGGAGAACCACCGCACGUGCUCCACGCCGUCGGUGGUUGGCAUUGUGCUCGACGGAGUUUCCGAGACUGUUGACCAGAUGUUAGGGAACGCUUUCUGCUGGAAUCGUACUGACUACGUCAGAAUCCAGGUGUUUGGUUUGGGAACUGAAGUGACAACGGAGGAGGAGGUGCUGAAAGAGAGGGGGUUGGAGUCGUUACCGUUUGGCGGGAAGCGGUUACUGACGGAGACAAACGGAAACAGAAUCGAUAGCUUCGUGCAACGACUUGUUGCGGCUACCGGAAAACCUAGCCUGCCGUCGAGUCCGUGCAAAGUUACCGCCGUGACAUCUCUUGCUAACGGACGUUAGUUUUUUUUUUCUUGGUUAGAUUUUAACGCUGUAAACUGUAACCCACGUUUUUUACCAAGCUAUGCCAGUUGUCAGAGUUAGUAGUAAUAGCUAGUAGCACUUAAUAAUUCACCUGUUAGAGUAACUUUUCUUUUCUGAUUUUCCUCGGUUGAUUUUGAUUCUGAUAAUGAUAUCUUGGAGUGAAGGAAGGAGCAAUAUGAUAGCUAGUUUUACCGAACGAUUGGACUUGUAAUUUAUCGUUUUCAUGUUUUAUUUUUCUCCUUGCCUUGAAACGGUAAAAUGGUUAAUGCCCUGAAA